ACUGAGAACUGAAAGUGUUUGCCUGUUUUCUCGGCUUUUAAGCAAAGCAGUGCUUGCUGAUAGAAAGCCGAAUAUGUUGUUCUUUGUGUUAUCCAUCGCGCUAGUGUGCUCGAACUUGGUCGCAGCUUCAGUACAGUCGCCUACGCUAACAUCAUGUUCCAGUGCCCAGAGCGUCAAGCUUAGCGGCGUAAGCAUAACGGACGCUCAGAUUGGGAAAACUAUGAAAGUGAAUUUUUCUAUGAUCAUCACCACGCAACUAGCAUCGAGCCCAACCCUGAAGAUAACGAUUAAAACAAGCAGUGGUUCCACAGUUCCAUGCAUCAACAACGUUGGUUCAUGCACGUACAAGCUAUGCGGAGGUACAACUAGCCUUGAACAAGAGUUUGGUAUGCCGUGGAAUAACCAGUGUCCCAUAAACCCAAUCACUGUUCAGCAGUCGAUAACAGCAAAUCUUGACCCGUCGAUACAGCUACUUAUCGGGACGGCGCCAACAACACUCACUAUUCAGAUUGCAAUACUGAACGGAGGAGUUACGGUUGGAUGUCAGUCCUUUAAAGUGAAUAUAGCUGCUGCUUGAUUUUCAUCAAAAAGAACGAAAAUGAAGUUGCACCGCUUGGUUGAAGUAGAUUUCGAAGCUGACCUUUUGUCUUGCAAUAAAAUUCAACAAGCAACUUUUUGAAUAUU